CCGACGCAGCUCAGGCGGGCGGGGCAGGGUCUCAGCGGACCUGUUGUGCGGCUCUUCUCGCUGGUCGUGACGGUUUCACUCGCGGGGCGCUCUGGAAGUUUCUCUCACGCACCGCCACCUCAGGUGAGGAGGAGCCGCCAUGUUGGCCUCCUGGACCCCCCCGUCUCUCCUCCUCCUCCUCCUCUUCCUCCUGCCCUCGGACUCCUCGGUGCGCUGGGUGAGCCUGCGCGGCGCCCCGCUCCGCCACCUGCUGCUGGACCCCCAGUCCGGGUGGGUGUACGUGGGCGGGGUGGACCACCUGUACCAGCUGACCUCGGACCUGGAGCCCGCGUUCCAGGUGAAGACGGGCCCCCACCUGGACUCCCCUGACUGCCUGCCCCCCAUCGUGCCCGCCCACUGCCCCUCGGCCAGGCCCACCCACAACCACAACAAGCUGCUGCUGCUGGAGGCGGGGCCGGGGGCGGAGCCUGGCAGCGUCAUCGUCUGCGGCUCGCUCUACCAGGGCAUCUGUGAAAAGAGGAACGUGUCCAACAUCUCCCAGCUGGUCUACCAGUCGUCCAACCCGGUGGACACGGAGUACGUCGCCGCCAACGACCCCCACGUAUCCACCGUGGGCAUCGUGCUGACCACGGGGGGCGGAGCCAACGGCUCGACGCUGCGUUUCCUGCUGGUGGGGCGGGGCUUCACUGGCAAGGGCCUGGGCGACAUCCCGCCCAUCACGGCGCGCCGCCUCCACCCGGCGGUCUUCCCCCGCCGCGUCUUCGGCCAGGAGGACGAGCUGGGCAAACUGACCAUCGGCAGCUACUCGGAGUACGACAGCCACUUCGUCAAGGCGCUGGCCAUCGGCGACCACGUCUACUUCCUCUUCUCGCGGCGGGACGUGCGCUACAAGCGGGAGCACGGCACCUACGUGGCCCGCCUCUGCGUCGCCGACCGCGACUUCGACUCCUACGUGGAGGUGCCGCUGCUCUGCCGGGGGGACCACAACCUGGCCCAGGGGGCGUGGCUCGGCCGGCGCUCGGAGAAGCCCGCGCUCUUCGUGGCCAUGGCGGCCGGCUGGGCGCCCACGUCGGUGUCCACGGACAAGUCGGCGCUGUGCGUCUACGGCGUGGAGGAGCUGGACGCCGCCAUGGAGGCGGCGCGGGUGUCGUGCUACACCAAAGGAGGGCGCGGGGUCACAGGCCAGGAGGAGGAGGCCUACGUGGUCUACACCUCCUCCUCACACUGCCUCACCCUCCCAGAGUCGUCCGUCUCCAAGUACCCGUGCGGGGGGGAGCACACGCCCAGUCCCAUCAGCGGCGCCAAGCCCCUGGAGGCCACGCCCGUCUACACCGCCGCCACCCGCCUGACCGCCGUCGCCUCGGCGACCGAGGCCGGCCACACGGUGGCGUUCGUCGGGGACCGCGAGGGACGACUGCACAAGGUUCUGGUGCGGCCGGACGGGUCAGGGGAGCGGUACGGGAGCGUGCUGGUGGACGACGGCAGUGCGGUCAAUGCCGACCUCCUAUUGGACGCCGGCCAGCAGAACCUCUUUGUGAUGACCAGCAGCAGGCUGUCCAAGGUCCCCGUGUCGUCAUGUGACCAAAACGUCGACUGCCAGUCCUGUUUGGCCACCAGGGACCUGUACUGUGGCUGGUGUGUGCUGGAGGGAAGAUGUUCCCGCCAACACGACUGUGAGCGCCACCUUCGGGCCAACAACUGGAUCUGGAGCUUCGACCAGUCCAAGCGGUGCGUGACGGUGCGCAGCGUGCAGCCGGCCAAUCAGAGUAAAGACGAGCAGACUCAGGUAACGCUGUCCCUGGCCCUGCUCCCCAUCCUCUCGGCGACAGAGUCUCUCUCCUGUGUCUUUCACGGCCUCCCCCCUGGCCCCGCCUCCGUCGCCGGCACCAGCGUCACCUGCCGCUCCCCCUCGCCGGCGCUCCUGCCGCCGCCGCCCUCAGGACGCGAUCACGUGAUCCUGCCCGUGUCGCUGAGGUUUGGUCAGGUGACCGUCGCCACGGCCGACGUGACCUUCUACGACUGCGGCGCCGUCAGCCGCCUCAACCGCAGCUCCCAGUGUCUGGCGUGCGUGGACAGCGCCUGGAAGUGCAACUGGUGUCCUCUGGACCAACAGUGUACUCACAGAGACACCUGCGCCAACCGACACGUCGUCCUCAACCAGAGAGUGAGCCUGUCCGCCUGUUUACCCGUCUGGCUGUCUCCCAACCCGUCUGUCUGCCGGCAGGACUCCUCCGGUCCGGGCCGGUGUCCUCUGGUCUUCGGUCUUCAGAGUUCCGCCUUGGUUCCCGUGGGCAUGACGAGCAGUGUGGUUCUGAAGGCGCAGAACCUGCAGGUCUACAAGGACGAGGCUCCCUAUGUGUGUGUGGUGGACUUGGAGGGUGUCCAAGUCAAUCUGACAGCAGAUGUCCAGAAAAACCAGGACAACACAAACACUUUCACCUGUGGACCCCACCAGUUUGACUACGCUGUCAGUCAGCUGGUUUAUUCGGCGGCCAUCUUCCUGAGGACAGGAACCCGACGCAUCGACACUUUGCCUGGUCUGCAACUCCAGUUGUACAACUGCUCGGCCGGCCAAUCAGAUUGCUCGCAGUGCCGGGCGGUCCCUAAGGAGUACGGCUGCGUGUGGUGCGGCGGAAGCCCCGCCCCCAGCUGCGUCUACAACCAAUCGUGCGCCAGCGUGCCCGCCGACACCUGCCCGCCCCCCCAGAUCACGCAGGUGCACCCCCGCUCCGGGCCACUGGAGGGCGGAGUCUUGGUGACCAUCAGCGGCAGCAACAUGGGGAUGAGCUACCACGAUGUGAUGGGCGGAGUCACGGUGGCAGGUGUGCUGUGCCCCCCCCAACCUGAAGAGUACCAAAUAUCCACCAGGGUUGUGUGUCGACUACAGGCCAGCCAGAAGCAGAGGGCGGGGCCUGUCCUGGUUACCGUGGGAACAGGCCCACCAGGAAGGUCCAUCAUCAACUUCAGCUAUCAGGACCCUCGGAUCCUGGACCUGACCCCGAACAGAGGUCCACUUUCCGGAGGGACCCGGGUGACCGUCAGAGGACGACAGCUGCUGACGGGCCAGACGUCCAACCUGAGCGUAUUCCUGGGGUCACACCCCUGCUACAGACUGGAGGAGGUCAGCGACAAGCAGCUGGUGUGCCAGACUCCUUCCAGAAACCAGACCGGCAAAGUCCUAGUCCGGGUUCUGUUCGGCAAGGCGGAGCGUUCCAGUCCCAACGUGACGUUCCGCUACGUGGAGGACCCCGUCAUCACCAACGCCACGCCCACGGAGAGCUUUUACGCCGGCGGGCGUCUGGUGUUGGCGAGCGGCAGGAACUUGGACGUGGUGCAGCGGGCGGUCAUGUCCGUGUGGGUGGAGCCCGUGGACGUCCAGAGGGUGCGGCGGCGGCGAAGACGGGUGGCCCUGCUCAGCGCCAGGCAGCAGGUGGUCUUCAACGGCACGGUGGAGACGGUGUCCGAGCGCUGCUCCGUCCUCUCCUCCUCGCAGAUGACCUGUCCCACGCCUGCGGUCCCGUCGGAGGUCCAAGUCAAGGGCGUCUGGUUCCAGAUGGACAACGUGCGAGUCCAUUACGAGAGCAUCAAGGGCAAGACCUUCACCUACCACCCCAACCCUCGCCUCUUCCCCCUCAACCGGGAAGCGCCGGACGCACCAUAUCGCUUCAAAGCCGGCGGCGUGAUCGCCGUGGAGGGCGAGGACAUGACGCGCGCCAUGUCCAGACAGGAAGUGACGGUUCUGCUGGGAGACCAGGAGUGCGAGGUGAAGACCUUGGACAGCACCCACCUGUACUGCGAGCCUCCCGCCGUCCAGCCCAUGAGCGCGGACGACAGCGGCGGUCUUCCCCGCCUCCAGGUGCUGAUGGGACACCUGCAGGUGGACUUGGGCACGGUUCAGUACGACGGCGACUCCCUGCUGCCCCCCAUCCCACUGCCCGCUCAGAUCGGUCUGGGGGCGGGGGCGGCGCUCGUCAUCCUGUCGGUGCUGGUGGUCAUCCUGGUGUACAGGAGGAAGAGCAAGCAGGCCCUCAGAGACUACAAGAAGGUCCUGUUGCAGUUGGAAACCUUGGAGAUCAACGUGGGCGAUCAGUGUCGCAAGGAGUUCACCGACCUGAUGACUGAGAUGAUGGACCUGAGCAGCGACGUGGGAGGACCCGGUCUCCCCCUGCUGGAUUACCGCACAUAUGCGGAGAGAGUUUUCUUCCCCGGCCACCAGGCGGCGCCUCUGAGUCGGCACCUGGAUCUGCCGGAGUCCAGGAGGCACACGGUGGAGCAGGGCCUCCGCCAGCUCAACAACCUGCUCAACAACAGGCUCUUCCUCACCAGGUUCAUUCACACGCUGGAAGCCCAGCAGGGCUUCUCCCAGCGCGACCGCGGCUACGUGGCCAGUCUGCUGACCAUGGCGCUGCACGACAAGCUGGAGUACUUCACCGAGGUCAUGAAGACUUUGCUGCAGGACCUGGUCCAGCAGUACGUCGCCAAGAACCCCAAACUCAUGCUAAGAAGGACGGAGACGGUUGUGGAGAAGAUGUUGACCAACUGGAUGUCCAUCUGCCUCUACUCCUUCCUCAAGGAGGUGGCGGGCGAGCCCCUCUACAUGCUCUACCGGGCCAUCAAGUACCAGGUGGACAAAGGCCCGGUGGACGCGGUGACGGGAAAGGCCAAGAGGACGCUCAACGACAGCCACUUGCUCCGCGAGGACAUCGACUACUGCGCCGUGACUUUGACAGUCCUGGUGAAGAACGGAGCUGAAGUCCAACCGUGUCCCGUCAAAGUGCUGGACAUGGACACCAUCACACAGGUGAAGGACAAGAUCCUGGACCAGGUUUACAGAGGAGCGGCGUUCUCUCAAAGACCGGCGGCGGACACCUUGGACUUAGAGUGGCGUUCGGGUCAGGCGGGUCACCUGACCCUGUCGGACGACGACGUCACAGCCGUGGUUCAAGGCCGCUGGAAGCGACUCAACACGCUGCAGCACUACAAGGUUCCAGACGGCGCCACAGUCGCCCUCGUGGCGCGGUCACAGAGUUCCAGCGGCGCUCGGGUCAACCAGGUGUUCCAGACUGGAGAAAAAACGCCGAUGCUGGAGAGCGAAGAAGAGGAGGGGCUCCGACUUUGGCAUCUGGUGAAGAGCAGCGAAGACCCCGACAUCCCCAAACACAGGAAGAGCAGCAUGAGGGAGAGGGAGCGGGCCAAAGCAAUACCAGAGAUUUACUUGACCAGACUGCUGUCCAUGAAGGGGACGCUGCAGAAGUUUGUGGACGACGUCUUCGUGGCCAUCCUGAGCACCAAGCGUCCUCCUCCCAUCGCCGUCAGGUUUUUCUUCGACUUCCUGGACGACAUGGCGGAGAAACACGGCAUCGACGACCCCGAGACCGUCCACAUCUGGAAGACCAACAGUCUCCCUCUCAGGUUCUGGGUCAACAUCCUGAAGAACCCUCAGUUCGUGUUGGACGUCCAGGUCUCAGACAGCAUCGAUGCCGUCCUGUCCGUCAUCGCCCAGACCUUCAUCGACUCCUGCACCACCUCCGAGCACAAAGUGGGACGGGACUCCCCGGUCAACAAGCUCCUCUACGCCAGGGAAAUCCCUCGCUACAAACAGUUGGUGGAGAGGUACUACAGUGACAUCCACAGUGCCGCGUCUGGAUGCUACCAGGAGAUGAACUCCACUCUGACCGAGCUGUCAGGGAGUUUUGCCUCUGAGAUGAACAGUCUGGUCGCACUUCAUGAACUCUACAAGUACAUCAACAAAUACUACGACCAGGUGAUGAUGUCGCUGGAAGAAGACAGCAGUGGUCAGAAGAUGCAGUUGGCUUACAGGCUGCAGCAGGUCGCCGCCCUGCUGGAGAACAAAGUCACUGACCUCUGAUGACGGCUCCACCGCCACACUUCCUGUGUGUGUGUGUGUGUGUGUGUGUGUGUGCGUGUGUCCAUGUGUGUGUGUGUGUGCGUGUGUGUGUGUGUGGUCCCCACUAUGACAAUCUAACUUGCACUACAAGUCCUGUCACAAAGCACAAGUGGUCACAUGUCAAUCAAGUGGUCACAUGUCAAUCAAGUGGUGACAUGUCAAUCAUGGCUGAAUGACCCUGAAGGCAGCAUCACUUGAUGGAUGUCACACCAGGACCGGGGUCUUCUCCCGGGUCCAAGCAGGGACACGUGGACUACAAAAAGGUGUGUGUGAUUGACAGGUGUGGGGGCCAAUGAGAAGGGGGCGCACAAGCUCCGCCUCCAGGGACUAACUUAUGAGUGUACAUACUGAGUCCUAUUUAAAGUUAUUUAUCCCAGCUGUGCCUUCGCCCUCGCAGCCAGCUGACUGCAGGGGGCGCAAGGGGCGGGUGUUGCUAACCUCGGAAUGUAGAGGCCGUGAUGGCAACUAUAUGAGCACAAAAUGGUUAGCCAGCUAACAUUUAAUGGCUAGCGAACUAACGCGACAAUUCUUAACGAGCUAGCAUGUCAGGUGUUAGCACCUAAUUGUUAACAAGCUAACGCGACAAGUGUUGGAAUGAAAUUUUUAACGGGCUAGCAUAUCAGGUGUUAGCACUUAAUUGUUAGCAAGCUAACGCGACAAGUGUUAGAAUGAAAUUGUUAACGAGCUAGCAUGUCAGGUGUUAACACCUAAUUGUUGGCGAUCUUACACAGCAGGUGUUGGCACAUAAUUGUUAGCAUGCUAACGUGACAAGUGUUAAUAUUUAAUUGUUAACGAGUUAGCAUGUCAGGUGAUAGCACCUAAUUGUUAGCGAUCUUACAGAACAGGUGUUGGCACAUAAUUGUUAGAAAGCUAACGCAACGAGUGUUACAACGAAAUUGUUAACGAGUUAGCAUGUCAGGUGUUAGCACCUAAUUGUUAGCAAGCUAACGCAACAAGUGUUACAACGAAAUUGUUAACGAGUUAGCAUGUCAGGUGUUAGCACCUAACGGUUAGCGAUCUUACACAGCAGGUGUGUUGGCACAUAAUUGUUAGCAAGCUAACGCAACAAGUGUUACAACGAAAUUGUUACAUCAAAAUUGUUAACCAGUUAACAUGUCAGGUGUUAGCACCUAACUGUUAGCGAUCUUACACAACAGGUGUUUUGGCACAUAAUUGUUAGCAAGCUAACGCAACAAGUGUUACAACGAAAUUGUUAACGGGUUAGCAUGUCAGAUGUUAGCACCUAAUUGUUAGCGAUCUUACACAACAGGUGUUGGCACAUAAUUGUUAGCAAGCUAACGUGACAAGUGUUAAAAUUUCAUUAACGAGUUAGCAUGUCAGAUGUUAGCACAUUAGCACCUAAUUGUUAGCGAUCUUACACAACAGGUGUUGGCACAUAAUUGUUAGCGAGCUAACACCACAGGUGUUAGAAUGAAAUUGUUAACAAGUUAGCAUGUCAGGUGUUAGCACCUAAUUGUUAGCGAUCUUACACAACAGGUGUUGGCACAUAAUUGUUAGCAAGCUAACGCGAAAAGUGUUGUAGUAUAACUGUCAGCAAGCUAACAUGACAUGAGUUAUCACUAAAUUGUUAGCUCGUUAACAUGCCAGAUGUUAGCACAAAAUUGUUAGCAAGCUAGCACGACAGGUGUAAGCACAAAGUUGUUAUUGAGCUACCGCGACAGGUGUCAUAACCAAAUUGUUAGCGAGCUAGCAUGUCAGGUGUUAGCACCUAAUUGUUACGGAUCUAACACGACAGGUGUUAGAACAAAAUUGUUAGCGAGCUAACAUGACAGAUGUUAGCACAAAACUGUUAGCAAAUAACAUGACAAGUGUUAGCACUUAAUUGUUAGCGAUCUUACACAACAGGUGUUUGAACAAAAUUGUUAGCAAGCUAACACGACAGAUGUUGGCACAAAAUUGUUAGCGAGCUAACAUGACAGACAGUAGCACAAAUUGUUAGCGAGCUAACAUGACGGAUGUUGGCACAAAAUUGUUAGCGAGCUAACAUGACAGACGCUAGCACAAAUUGUUAGCGAUCUAACACGACAGGUGUUAGAACAAAAUUGUUAGCGAGUUCACAUGACAUAUGUUAGCACAAAAUUGUUAGCUAGCUUACAUGACAAGUGUUAGCACUUAAUUGUUAGCGAUCUUACACAACAGGUGUUGGCACAUAAUUGUUAGCAAGCUAACGUGACAAGUGUUAAAAUUUCAUUAACGAGUUAGCAUGUCAGGUGUUAGCACAUUAGCACCUAAUUGUUAGCGAUCUUACACAACAGGUGUUGCCACAUAAUUGUUAGCGAGCUAACACCACAGGUGUUAGAAUGAAAUUGUUAACAAGUUAGCAUGUCAGGUGUUAGCACCUAAUUGUUAGCGAUCUUACACAACAGGUGUUGGCACAUAAUUGUUAGCAAGCUAACACGAAAAGUUUUGUAGUAUAACUGUCAGCAAGCUAACAUGACAUGAGUUAUCACUAAAUUGUUAGCUCGUUAACAUGACAGAUGUUAGCACAAAACUGUUAGCAAGCUAGCACGACAGGUGUAAGCACAAAGUUGUUAUUGAGCUACCGCGACAGGUGUCAUAACCAAAUUGUUAGCGAGUUAGCAUGUCAGGUGUUAGCACAUAAUUGUUAGCGAUCUAACACGACAGGUGUUAGAACAAAAUUGUUAGCGAGCUAACAUGACAGACGUUAGCACAAAACUGUUAGCAAAUAACAUGACAAGUGUUAGCACUUAAUUGUUAGCGAUCUUCCACAACAGGUGUUUGAACAAAAUUGUUAGCGAGCUAACACGACAGACACUAGCACAAAUUGUUAGCGAGCUAACAUGACGGAUCUUGGCACAAAAUUGUUAGGGAGCGAACAUGACAGACGCUAGCACAAAUUGUUAGCGAUCUAACACGACAGGUGUUAGAACAAAAUUGUUAGCGAGCUGACAUGACAUAUGUUAGCACAAAAUUGUUAGCUAGCUUACAUGACAAGUGUUAGCACCUAAUUGUUAGCGAUCUUACACAACAGGUGUUACAACAAAAUUGUUAACGAGCUAACAUGACAGACAUUAGCACAAAUUGUUAGCGUGCUAACAUGAUAGACGCCAGCACAAAUUGUUAGUGAGCUAACAUGACAGAUGUUGGCACAAAAUUGUUAGCGAGCUAACAUGACAGAACCUAGCACAAAUUGUUAGCGAUCUAACACGACAGGUGUUAGAACAAAAUUGUUAGCGAGCUGACAUGACAUAUGUUAGCACAAAAUUGUUAGCUAGCUUACAUGACAAGUGUUAGCACUUAAUUGUUAGCGAUCUUACACAACAGGUGUUACAAGAAAAUUGUUAACGAGCUAACAUGACAGACAUUAGCACAAAUUGUUAGCGCGCUAACAUGAUAAACGCUAGCAAAAAUUGUUAGUGAGCUAAAAUGGAUGUGUUAGCACAAAAUGGUUAGCAAACUUACAUGACAGGUAUUAGCACAAAAUAGUUAGCGAGCUAACGCGACAGGUGUCAAGACCAAAUUGUUAGCGAUCCUACACGACAGGUGUAAGAACAAAAUUGUUAGCGAACUAACAUGACAGGUAUUAGCACUUAAAUGUUAGCAAGCUAACAUGACAGGUGUUAGCACCUAACUGUUAGCGAGCUAACAUGACAGAAGUCAGCACCUAAUUCUUAGCGAGCUAACACGACAGGUGUAAGAACAAAAUUGUUAGCGAGCUAACACGACAGACGCUAGCACAAAUUGUUAGCGAUCUAACAUGGCAGGUGUUAGAACAAAAUUGUUAGCGAGCUGACAUGACACGUGUUAGCACAAAAUUUUUAGCUAGCUUACAUGACAAGUGUUAGCACUCUAUUGUUAGCGAUCUUACACAACAGGUGUUAGAAAAAAAUUGUUGACGAGCUAACAUGACAGUUGUUAGCUCGAUAAUCGUAUCGAGCUAACAUGGCAAGUGUUAGCAAAAAAUGGUUAGCAAGCUUACAUGACAGGUGUUAGCACAAAAUGGUUAACGAGCUUGCAUGACAGGUGUUAGCACAAAAUGGUUAGCGAGCUUACAUGACAGGUAUUAGCACAAAAUAGUUAGCGAGAUACCGCGACAGGUGUCAAAACUAAAUUGCUAGCAAUCCUACACAACAGGUGUAAGAACAAAAUUGUAAGCGGGCUAACAUGACAGCUAUUAGCACUUAAUUGUUAGCGAGCUAACAUGACAGGUGUUAGCACCUAACCUUUAGCGAGCUAUCAUGACAGAAGUCAGCACCUAAUUCUUAGCGAGCUAACACUUCAGGUGUAAGAACAAAACUGUUAGCGAGCUAACACGACAGACACUAGCACAAAUUGUUAGCGAUCAAACACGGCAGGUGUUAGAACAAAAUUAUUAGCGAGCUGACAUGACAUAUGUUAGCACAAAAUUGUUAGCUAGCUUACAUGACAACUGUUAGCACUCUAUUGUUAGCGAUCUUACACAACAGGUGUUAGAACAAAAUUGUUGACGAGCUAACAUGACAGACAUUAGCACAAAUUGCUAGCGCGCUAACAUGGUAGACACUAGCACAAAUUGUUAGUGAGCUAACAUGGCAUGUGUUAGCACAAAAUAGUUAUCGAGAUUACAUGACAGGUAUUAGCACAAAAUAGUCAAGACCAAAUUUUUUGCGAUCCUACACAACAGGUAUUAGAACAAAAUUGUUAGCGAGCUAACAUGACAGGUGUUAGCACCCAACAUGCUAAAGUGUUAGCUCUUAUAAAGACUGAAUGUUAGCCACAAAUAGGUUUUUUUCAUAGUUUUUAAGCGUGCAAAAUCAGUUAAAACUGUUCGCAUGUUAGCAAUGUAAACAUCUUUGGCGUAUGAUAUGCUAUAAUUUCUCGGUUUUUGGCGGCAAACACUUCCGGCGUCACUCUAGUUUUCCGGAUUAACUUGACAUGCAUGUUUUUUUGUUUUGUUUUUUGUUUGUUUUAUGCUUGUCUCCUGACACCUACCAGCGGGCGUGACUGAAGCCAAAAUGGAAAAGACGAUAAGAAAAGAGAGGAAAAAAAAAAAAAGCAAUAAUUUUAAUAACGAUAAAAAGAAGCACAGGGCUGUUUUCCCGGUCUUUGUCCAUGUACAUAUUCUUGUUAUGACACUUCUUUUUACGGACGUGAUGUCGUCGUGAAAAAAAAAAAAAAUCCAACGUUGAAACGGAUGCUAACAAAAAACAAAAAAAUGUUUUUCUUCUUCUUGUUCUGCCUCUUUUUC